GUCGUCUUCUUCCUCUUCUUCUUGUCUGCAUUAAUGUUUGUUUAAAAACGACGCUUCGUCUUUUUUCUCCGAGCUACGUAUAUGCAUAUGUAUUUCGUCGUGUAUAUAAAAAAGAGAUUUUGACUUGGUAAUCUGAAAGCAACGUUUCUAUAGAGAGAGAGAGAGAGAGAUCGUUUUUCUCUUCUUUACUCUGCGAUUUUGCGAGAUCGCAUAUUAGGGUUUUGUUGAUUCAGGAAUCUGAUUUGAAGCAUCUGGGUUUGAUUCUCUCUGCAAAUGCCAGCUUUAGGUGAAAUCCUUUCGGUUCCAGAAACUGAUAAAGGGAAGAGUAAAGACAUUAUUGACAACUCAGAGGAUGAGAAGAUUCUUCCCAGAUCUCGUUCUAGAUCCUUGAAGAAGAAAGCUAUCAAAGCUUCGACCAAACUCACGCAUAGUUUGAGGAAACGAGGGAAGCGUGUGGCUGAUCAGUACGCAGCUAUUGUGAUUGAGGAUGUGAGAGAUGCAGAAGAGGAGAAAGCAGUGAAUGUGUUUAGAGAAGCUUUGGUUUCUCUUGACUUGCUUCCACCUCGACAUGAUGAUUAUCAUACUAUGCUGAGAUUCUUGAAAGCGAGGAGGUUUGAUCAUGACAAAACUAUUCAUAUGUGGGAAGAGAUGCUAAAGUGGAGGAAAGAGAAUGGAGUUGAUACAAUAAUGCAGGAUUUUGUGUAUGAGGAGUACGAAGAAGUACAACAGUACUACCCACAUGGCUACCAUGGUGUAGAUAGAGAAGGCAGGCCUGUCUACAUCGAAUGUCUCGGUAAAGUUGACCCGGGAAAGCUAAUGAAGGUUACUUCAUUGGAGCGUUUCUUGAGAUAUCAUGUGCAAGGUUUCGAAAAGACUUUCUCUGAGAAGUUUCCAGCUUGUUCCAUCGCUGCAAAGAGACGUAUCAAUUCUUCUACAACCAUAAUAGAUGUGCAAGGAGUGAGCUGGAUGAAGUUGAAAAAACUAGCGCAGGACCUUGUGAUGCGUAUGCAGAAAAUCGAUGGCGACAAUUAUCCUGAGACAUUGAAUCAGAUGUACAUCGUUAAUGUUGGAACCGCAUUCUGUAUAUUAUGGAACACAGUGAAAGGCUUUCUCGAUCCUAAAACUUCUUCUAAGAUACAUCUUUUGAAAAACAAAGAUCGAAGUCACCUUCUUGAGAUUAUAGAUCCAAGUGAGCUUCCUGAUUUUCUUGGUGGAAACUGUUCCUGUGCAAACGAAGGUGGAUGUAUGAGAUUCAACAAGGGUCCUUGGAACGAUCCUGAGAUAAUGAAACUUGUGCGCUUGAGAGAUGCAACGUACAAAAUAAAAGAAAUAGAGCUCCCUGAGAAUGGGGAAGUAGCUAAACUAUUUGCAUUACCGCAUGUGAAUACAGAAAUAUCGUCACCUGGUGGAGGACAAGUUAGGGAGAGAGAACAUGACUCAAGUGCUCAGCUAAGACAUCAAGUUGAAGCUGUUGGUAUUGGGAGAAUUGUACAGUAUGAUUCAACAAAUCAGUUAUCUAGUAAUCUGACAGAAGAAAGGGGUCUGAAGAACUCUCUUCAGAAAGUUGCAAGCUUGUUGGCUCGUUUUAUCUUCCAACUUCUUGCGUCUUUAUGUAUCAUGUUCCGGAUCUUGGGAAGACUUGUAAAUAAGCAGCCAGAGAACCAAUUGCGACCGGCACAGUUAACUGUUUCGGAAUCUCCUCCAACUCAGUUGCAGCGAGAAGAGUCUCUCCAUCCAUGUUGGCUAAGGUUGCAAAAUCUGGAGAGCAUGGUCACAGUUUUGUCCGAUAAACCAACAAACAUUCCUCAGGAGAAAGAAGACAUACUUCGUGAUUCAUUAGACCGCAUCAAAUGCAUUGAGCAAGAUCUACAGAAGACAAAGAAGGCGCUGCUUUUGACGGCGUCAAAACAAAUUGAACUUGCAGAAUCUUUUGAGAGCCUUAAAGAGAGCACCUCAAUGGGAAUGCGAUCGUGCUGGCCAAGGCACUGCAGAAAUUUCCAAGUUGAAUAGAUAUAUCUCUGAAUCUCUUAUCCGAUGUCUUCAUAAGCUACUACUACUACUUCACUCUCCAACCAUAGUACAGAUGGGUUUUAUUUAAAGAAGUAAAAAAUGGUAUUGGAGAGUGAAACUGAAGAGGGGAGAGAGCUUACAAUUGUACCAGUUUCUUACUGAGCUAUAACUGAGAUUAUACUGUUUUUCUUUCCAUAACGAUUCUAAUGCACAUCAUUGUUAUUAAUAGAAUAUAGAAUCCAUUUAUUGGUUGAGAACCAUUGUGUACAAUUUACAAAUACAAUUUACAUUUUACGGGUAGAUAGAAAG